AGAAUUAUCAUCGAUCAUCAUAGACAACGGAGAGCCAAUCUAAUACAAGUUUGGAUAUAUAUAUACACACACAUAUCUCACCAUGCGAGGCCGUCCUUCUUCUUCUUAUGAAUCUUCUAAACCGCGCAGGUUUUUUGGUUAUGACAGAUCACUGCACGCCGCCCUUGGUGGCGGAAGCUUGGCAGAUAUAAUGCAAUGGAAGGAUAAGAAGAAGACAGGGGCAAUUGUGGGAGCCUUCACUUUCAUUUGGUUCCUCUUUGAGGGACUGGAAUAUCCCUUUGUUACCCUUCUCUGUCACCUCCUCCUCGCCGCCAUGCUCAUCCUCUUCCUCUGGUACAACGCCGCCGGACUCAUCACUUGGGGUCCUCCUGGUGUUCAUGAUCUUCAAAUCUCAGAAUCCACAGUCAGACACUUCUGUGCAGGAGUCAAUUGGUUCUUGAGGAAAUUCUAUGAGAUCUCCAUUGGCAGAGAUCUCUCCCUCUUCUUUGCGACGAUCGCGGGUCUAUGGAUCAUGUCAGCCAUUGGGAAUUAUUUCACCACUCUGAAUCUGAUGUACUUCUUGUUUCUGUGCAUGGUGAGCUUACCUGUGAUGUACGAGAGAUAUGAGUAUGAGGUGGAUUAUCUGGCAAGCAAAGGCAACCAAGACUUGAGAAGAUUGAUGAGCACACUGGACUCUACAGUUCUCAACAAGAUUCCAAGAGGACCUGUCAAAGAAAAGAAGUAUAAAUAAAUUAAUAUAAUGACAUAUAUAAUUGUAUUGAAAAUUUCAUUUUAUUUGUUUAAUUUCCCCAUUACUUCACUUCGAUCAAGUAUGUGUGCUUCGUGUUCCUGUAUUAUUAGCUCUGUAAAUUUCAAACAAGGCUUUGAAAUUGUUGUAAUUGAUUGAAUCUUUGCAUGUGUUUGUGUGAAGUAUUAAA